ACAAAUUUAAAAAGUUUACGUUUGAAAGUCGUUACUGCAAGGAAACGAUUGCGUUGUUUUGUAAAAUAUUGCAAGAACUGAAUGAUUUUCUGGUUUUCAAUGCAAUAAAACGAUAUUUUGCAGUGCCCUACUAAUUAUCAAUCUACCGUUGUGUCUGUACUAACCGCACGCGGUAGUUUUUGUACAGCCCCACUCUCGCGUUCUCGCCGCGUUUUAUCGAAAAGCUAACAAAAUUCCGUACUACAAAAUGGAUGAUUUUCUCAAAAUUGAGAAGAUCGGUGAAGGUACUUACGGUGUUGUUUACAAGGGGAAAAAUAAAAUAACCGGCCAGUUUGUGGCUAUGAAGAAAAUUCGUUUGGAGUCUGAAGAUGAAGGCAUUCCGUCCACUGCUAUUCGCGAGAUCUCACUCUUGAAAGAGCUAAACCACCCAAAUAUAGUGAAGCUGGAGGAUGUGCUGAUGGAAGAGUCGCGACUAUACCUCAUUUUCGAGUUCCUCUCUAUGGACCUGAAGAAAUAUAUGGACUCUCUUGGAAAUGGAAAAUUUAUGGACCCGGCGGUGGUGAAAAGCUACCUGUACCAGAUCAACAGCGCCAUCUUGUACUGCCACCAGCGCCGCAUUCUGCACCGAGACCUCAAGCCACAGAACCUGCUCAUCGACAAGACUGGCAUCAUUAAGGUGGCGGACUUCGGGCUGGGGCGCGCGUUUGGCGUGCCGGUACGCGUGUACACACACGAAGUCGUCACGCUGUGGUACCGCGCGCCCGAGGUGCUGCUCGGCAGCCAGAGGUAUUCCUGCCCGAUCGACAUCUGGUCUGUGGGCUGCAUUUUCUCGGAGAUGUCGUCCAAGAAACCCCUUUUCCAGGGAGACUCGGAGAUUGACCAACUCUUCCGAAUCUUCAGGAUGCUUCGCACUCCUACUGAAGAGAUUUGGCCUGGUGUCUCUUCCCUACCUGACUACAAGCCUACCUUCCCCAAUUGGAACACCUUUAACUUGCACAACCAUGUCCAAAACCUUGACGAAGUGGGCAUGGACUUGCUCCAAAAGAUGCUUGUCUAUGACCCGGUGAAGCGCAUCUCCGCUAAAGACGCGCGCCGCCACCGGUACUUCCGUGACGUCAAGCUACCGCCCGGCCUCACGCUACACUCGGCCUACAUACGCUACACGGGACACGAGAACGAUACAGACAACGCGCAGUGCGUGUAGAGGUAACUUUAGUUAUAUUUUAGGUGAUAUUAGACAUCCAGAUUGGACCUUGAUGUUAAGUCCUUAAGGUCGACGUUGUCACAGCAAUGUUGUGACGUCAGACCCUUGAUAUUUUGAUAUUUAGUCCGUAACGGUCAACGUUUUCUUUCAAUGUGUUGACGUCAGCCGCAAUGGGCUUGAUUCUGAGACUACUGAAAAGUAUCCUUUAUUAUCUCUUAUUCUUUCCUUUUUCUUUCAAUGAGCCACAUGAGGAUCUGUCUAUGAAAACAACUACGCUACAUACUUUAAACCGUAAUGUGUGUUACAACAUGCAUUCUACCAGUAUUUGUAUUGGCCUUAAUGCAUGCACUGACUUAAGAAUCGAGCCCAUUGAUGGAUUCUUGAGGAUUGUCCACUUGAAUAAGCU